CCCUUCUCUCCCCCCCGAGCAUUGUUUGUCUGAUAAUGUCCAAAUAAUUUCUCCCUUUGUCUAUCGACACCGUUCCCAAAUGGCGGACGCAAUCCAAAUUGCAAACCAUCUGAAAAACCCCAAAACCCUAUAAAUGCGAAAUCUCUACAGGCCCAACAAUGGACGUGGUCACAUUCGGGAUCAUAGUAGCCAUUAUAAUCCUCUUCCUCUGCGCCGUCUGCUUCAUCGCCGUCGAGGGCACCUGCAAGAGAAACCGCUCCUCUUAAUCCCCAAAUCACCCGCUCACACUUUUCGCUUCAGUUUCUUCGGCGAUUCUUAGUUGCCGAUGGGCGGUGUUUCGAAUAAUCGCCGCCGGAUCUGGUUGUGUCUGUUUGUCGUCUCGGCGGGGGUGACGGCUGCAGUAGCUCACCAGUGCAGCCACGACCACGACCAUCUCCAUCACCAUCACCAUCACGAGUAUGGUGCGGAUGUGGACUUAAUUAGGGAGAAUCGGCGGAAGCUUCUACCGGAGGAAAUUGCAGAGGAGGAAGAUCUGAGGAUGAUGUUGGACCACAGUGAGCUUGAUCGGGUAAUUGAGCAAACACAUCGGCAGGAGCUUUCUGGGAUUGGCCUUUGGUUACAUGCUAUGGCAUGUUCACUAUUGGUUAGCCUGGCUUCUCUCAUAUGCCUGGUUCUAUUACCAGUUAUAUUUAUACAAGGAAAACCGUCGAAGAUAGUUGUUGAUUCUCUAGCAUUAUUCGGGGCUGGAGCAAUGCUGGGUGAUGCAUUUCUUCAUCAGUUGCCUCAUGCUUUCGGUGGUGAGCAUUCUCAUUCUCACGAUCACCAUGACGAUCAUGCUCAUCAUCACCACGGUGUAAAACAGUCACAUUCACAUUCCUUAAAGGAUCUUUCCAUUGGUUUGUCAGUCUUGGCUGGAAUUGUGGUAUUCCUUAUUGUUGAGAAACUUGUGAGGUACGUCGAAGAAUUUUCUGGAGUGGAUGGGCCAGGUCUUGGCCAUCACCACCAUCAUCAUCAUAAGCAUGCUAAAAAAGUAAAAGCCGAUGAUGCCACACAGGAAGAUCCCCAAGAACCGUCGUACAAUGAUGUGGCAAAUGGAAGAUUAUUGGAUCAAACAUCUGACGAAAAGGAAUUGAAUAGAUCACCUACUGAGAGUGCCAGCGGUGAUAAAUCAAGGGAAAAAACAGUUUUACGGAAGAGAAACACGAGCAUCGCUGCUACUAAAGAGGGAACUGACUUAAGUGCUGAAAACAACUCCGAUGGUAACUUGGAAUGUGUAGAGAAGAAAGAGCCGGUCAAGACACAUUCAAGUUUAGUGUUCGGUUAUCUGAAUCUCUUCUCUGAUGGAGUGCAUAAUUUUACCGAUGGCAUGGCAUUGGGAAGUGCCUUCCUCGUAUAUGGCUCAGUUGGUGGGUGGUCCAGAACUCUGUUUCUGCUUGCACAUGAGCUUCCUCAAGAGAUAGGCGAUUUCGGGAUUCUUGUGAGGUCUGGUUUUAGUGUCUCGAAGGCCCUCUUCUUCAACUUCCUGUCUGCCUUGGUCGCAUUAGCCGGCACUGCUCUGGCGUUGAUGUGGGGAAAAGACCCGGGCCAGUCGUCUUUAAUUGAGGGAUUUACUGCGGGCGGGUUCAUCUACAUUGCCCUGGCCGGGGUGCUGGCGGAGAUGAACAACAACGGCACGACGGCGGCUCCGAGACAUACGAUGACACAGUUGAUCUCGUUGGUGUCAGGUAUGGGCGUUGCCCUUUGUAUAUCGCUUGUGGAAUGAAUGAUUUGAUUAUUCCCUUAUGUGUUGUACAAUUUCUGUAAGUUUGUUUAACUUCUACUCUCUUAUACUUAUAUAUAUAUAUAUUUUUUUUCAUUUUA